AUGUCGCUAGCAUUGGUGACACCAGGCCAUCCACAUGUUGUCGAGCAUGCAGUGCUCCUCCUGCACAAGGACGUACAGGCCUGUGGAAGAAACAUCCAGUCAAUGCAUAAAGUCGUGGAUGUCAAACAUGAGCUAUCGGCACCGCAGAUAUGCAGACAGAUUACAUUGCUAACCUGGUUCAACGUGGUCUUUGGCGCUGCGUGUCCCAAAGGCUUCAGUCUCACAGUCUUUGGUUGCACCAUGUUGCACCGGUGUGAGCAGUACUCCAAGUACUCCAAGGCUAACACGGAGGAGAAGGAUGUGGAUAUGGGUCAGACGGAGCAGGAUGGAGCUGACAGGCAGUGGGCCCCAUCCAAUGGGGCAACGGUGAAUCCGGGCACACUUGGACAUCCGCAGAUCUGCUGUCGGCCAUGCGUUUACUUGGCAAUGGCCGGGUCCUGCAAGAAUGGUGGCAACUGCGAAUAUUGUCAUGAGCAGCACGCAGUGCGCGUGCCCAAAUUGGACAAGCAACAGCGACAGCUUAUUCGCACUUUGAACGAAGCUGACACGCUGGGGUUGUUGCUGCCUUACCUCACCGAGAAAGCAAGAACUAUGCCACCUUCGGCCUUGAACUUGGUGAACUAUUUGGAGAGGCACUUGGCAGCCUUGGACGACGCAACAGGUACUGUCAUCUCGCACGCACGCCUUGUAAAACUUUCCCACGUGCUGGAGAACAUGUCCUUCAUUCGAAUCCUCUGCCUGAUGCCUACAGUUUGGAGUGCAGACAUGAAGAACCUCCUCGCGCAGUUACGCCACGAGUAUUGCGUCCGCCCGGAUCAAAAGCUGGCCGAGCUCAACUGA